AUGCCAGAACCAACGAGUUUCGCAGAGCUUGGAAUUGAAAGAUGGCUUGCCAAUUCCUUAGGCGCAAUGGCGAUCCGAAAGCCGACACCGAUCCAGGCUGCUUGUAUUGGGCCCAUUCUCGAAGGCAUUUUCUCGCUCCAUUUUCCACCAUGGGAAGGCACCACUGACAAGAGUGUAGGGAAGGACUGCAUCGGAGGGUCGCAAACCGGCUCAGGAAAAACUGUUGCAUUCGCGGCGCCCAUAUUACAGAUGUGGGCCGAGGAUCCAUUUGGCGUUUUUGCCCUCAUUCUGACCCCGACCAGGUAUUGACCUUUCUGAUGGAGAUAUGAGUGAUGAGAGGUCUAUCCUAAGAAAACUUUUAGAGAACUGGCCCUUCAGAUCGUCGAACAAUUCAAAGCUCUCGGAGCGCCGCAGAAUCUAAAGGUUUGCCUGUUAAUUGGCGGAGCAGACAUGAACGAACAAGCGCUAUCGCUAGCCACUCGCCCACACAUUGUCGUCGCUACCCCAGGGCGUCUGGCGGAUCAUAUUCGGUCUUCUGGGGAAGAUACAAUCUGUGGGCUCAGGAGGACAAGAGUGGUAGUUCUUGAUGAGGCGGAUAGAAUGCUCAGCGAGACCUUCGCGGAGGAUCUAGAGGAAUGUUUAAGCGUCGUUCCGAAGAGUGGCGUUUACGGGAGGCAGACAUUGCUGUUCACUGCUACUGUAACGCCAGAGGUAAGGGCGCUGAAGGAGAUGGAGAGAACAAAUGGUCGACGGGGGGUGUUCAUUUGCGAGGUUGAUACUGAUAGGUGUGUUCCGGAAUCCUCACGGACAAUAUGCAGGCGGGCUUACCUGUAUCGGCACUGCCAGAUUAGCCAUCCCCCCAAGUCUCUCACAGAAAUACCUUCUUCUCGUUCCCCACACUCGCGAGGCCUACCUCCAUACUCUCCUAACUACCCCGCUCAAUGAAAAUAAGUCUGUAAUAAUUUUUACAAACAGAACGCAUACUGCAAACCUCUUAACGCACACGCUUAGGCAGCUAUCUCACCGCGUAACACCGCUGCACAGUGAACUCCCUCAAAGGGAGCGAAUCGACUCACUCGGCCGUUUUCGUGCCGAAGCGGCGCGUAUCUUGGUUGCGACAGACGUUGCUUCUCGUGGUCUCGACAUACCAGUGGUUGAACUAGUCGUCAACUUCGAUGUUCCAAGAGAUCCAGACGACUACGUGCAUAGGGUUGGCCGAACAGCGAGAGCUGGGAGAGGUGGCGAGGCAAUCACUUUUAUCACCCAAUACGACAUCUUGCUUAUCGAGGCAAUCGAGAAGAGGACUGGUAGAAAGCUCGAAAAGUACAUUGAUGAGCCUGGUGUUAGUCUGGAGGGAAGAGUUGUCAGAGAGAUGCUCCAGGAGGUCAGUGAAAAGAAACGAGCGGCUGUUAUGGCAGUGGAAGAGGGUAAAAACGAGUACGGGAAGAGGAAGCGGAAGCUGCAGGAUAAAGCGAACAACUUGGGUAGCAAGAGGAAGAAGGAUGCCCGGUAGCAGUAUCAUGGCUUAGCUCUAGGUGUUUGGGUUCUUUGUACAGAUAUUACUGCAUUUGUUUUUUUGGGGUUUCCGGUUGACGCUCAGCUGCUCGGUAAUCAACUACAAUAGAAUCCCCAAA